AUGUCAAGUGAAGACACAUGUCAUAAUUUAUUUUUACAAUACUAUAAAGCUUGGGGUGGAGCUGAAGAUUACGAGUCAGACAAUCUUGGAUUUCCUGAAUUUUUUCAACGUGUACCACAAGAUCAUGAGAUUUUACCAGCAAAAUUACGAGAAGAUGCAAGAUCUGCUUUAUUGGAGAGAAAAAGUAUGGGAUUAUUGUCUAACAGUGAACUACAAGAAUUCUGGUAUCUGUUGGAACGAUUUCACUCUCCGCCUACAGUAAAUGGUGAGAAGUUUAUGAAUUAUGAGAAUUUUCGUAAAGCUGCUAAAGAAGCAUCUCCCAAAGCAAAGCAAUAUUUCACAGCAUCAACAUUUGCUAAGUUGCUUCGAGAGGAUGAAAUGUUAUCACGGAUCAACAUUCUGGCAUUCUUCAAUUAUGUAAUGAAGAAAGUAUGGCUUCAGCAAACUCAUGUUGGUAUAUCACUGUAUGAUGUUUGCGGUGAAGGAUAUUUACGUGAAGCAGAUCUGGAAAAUUACAUGCUAGAGCUAAUUCCCACCUUGUGUCAGCCUAAUAUAUUAUUCCUAAUAUAUUAUUAUUAUUAUAUUAAAUUUCCACUUCCUCUGAUUCUUUUCCCAGGAGUAAGUAGAAUACAUGAUGAACCUCAACCUCCACCGCCACCACCACAUUCGUCAGAUCUUAUUCACGGUGGACAGUACACUGGUAAGCAGUCGUCACAUCAACCAUUCGAUGGCAGUAGUAGUACAAAUAUUCUAACCAAUCAACCUUCUUUAAUUGGACAAUCCAAUGUGGUACAAAGAUCCAGUCCACAAAUCUCUCCUCAGUCUAUAGUAAUUACAGACUCAAAUAAAGCGCUGCCUAGUUCAGUUUGGUCAGUUCCAGCCAAUAGUACUGCAAGCAGCAGCAGCAGCAAUGUUGCUCCUCGAGUUUCAGAGCCUAGUCCACGUGCGAAUCAAAAAACAAAAGCUCAGUUCGAUGGUCAAUCAUCUCAGUCAAGUGGUGGCGGCGGCGGCGCAGGCGCAAGUAGUAGUAGUAAUUCAUCCUUCGGUCUCAUUAAAUCCGUCGCCCUGUCUAAUCCAAUCUGUGCUAAUCUACUGAAUUUCAGUCUACCGUCGAUCACCACAUCGAAUACAGUGAUUACAACUGGUCCACCACGUGGUGGUGGUGGUGGCAGUAGUACUACUGGCAUAUUAUCAACAACUGUCAAUAUCAAUAACCUGCCAACAACAGCUACUGGUUUAGGCGGUGAUACACCCGAGAUUCAAGUGUAUAAAAAACGCUUUAAUUCAGAGAUUCUAUGCGCAUCCACAUGGGGUGUAAAUUUGCUAAUUGGUUUGGAGACUGGCCUAUCUUUAUUAGAUCGUAGUGGUGAAGGUCGAGUGUAUUCCCUAAUCACAAGACGAAGAUUUGCACGAAUGGCUGUUUUAGAAGGUCAAAAUAUCCUAGUUACAAUAUCUGGACGUAAAAAUCGUGUACGUGUAUAUUACCUGUCAUGGCUUCGAAGUAAAAUUAUGAAAACUGAAGGGUGUGAUAAAAAGAACGGUUGGGUUAAUGUUGGUGAAAAUCUACAAGGAGCUGUACAUUUCAAAAUUGUGAAGUAUGAAAAGAUAAAAUUCCUUGUCAUUGCUCUGAGAGAUUCUGUAGAGAUUUAUGCUUGGGCACCUCGUCCUUAUCAUAAAUUUAUGGCUUUUAAACGAUUCUCUGAACUGAAACAUCGACCGUUACUGGUCGAUUUAACAGUUGAAGAGAAUACACGAUUAAAAGUGAUCUAUGGUUCAUCUAGUGGAUUUCAUGCUAUCGACCUAGAUUCGAAUACAGUCUUCGAUUUAUAUAUUCCUUCAUUGAUCAAUUCACAGAUCACACCUCAUUGUAUAGUGGUUCUUCCCAAUACAGAUGGGAUGCAAUUACUUUUAUGCUAUGAUACUGAAGGUGUCUAUGUAGAUACCAAUGGUAAAUUAACUAAAAAUGUUGUUAUACAAUGGGGUGAAGUGCCAACCUGUGUGGCUUAUAUAUCCACUGGCCAAUUACUUGGUUGGGGUUUAAAGGCUAUCGAAGUUAGAUCAGCUGAAACUGGCCAUCUGGAUGGUGUAUUCAUGCAUAAACGUGAACAGAAAUUCAAAUUCCUCUGUGAACGUAACGACAAGGUCUUCUUUUCAAAUACCCGAUCUGGACCACCUCAAGUAUCAAUGAUGACUCUUAGUGGAAUUCACUGGUAAAUUACAACAGGGAGAGAGAGGAGUGGGGUGUGGUGGGGAUGAAUCAUGUUAUUAUCUCGGUUACUCCUACUCUACACUACACUACUACUACUAAUACUACUGUUAAUUUCUUUAUUUUGUUAUUUAUUUGUUCUUUGUUCUCUCUGUGUGUAUUUCCUGAAAAUUGAAACUUUUCUAAGAACAAACACCCUCUGUGUAUGACACGCUUACAUGCCUACAUAUAUAUACCUAUACACAUACAUACAGAGGAAAAUCAGUCAGUAUUCUUAUACAUAUAUGCACAACCAAUCAUCACAAACAUAAUAUGACUACUAAUCAGAUAACCCUUUGGUUUGGCGAGAGGAAAAAGCGAAGACAUCAACAAAGCCAUGCCCAACUUUCCCCCACCCCUAAUUCUUAUGUGUAUAAUUAAUUUACUUACAAUCUCCUCUGAUUGGCAUGGCUCUUUCUUUCUCUCCCUCCCGUUUCUCAACGCAUUUUGUGUUCAAUCUCUAUGUAUAUUUUUAUUGUUACUAAUAUA